AUGGAAACACAACGCAAAAUAUCAUUCAAUGUCUCUGAUUUCUAUCAAAUCCAAGAAAUCGUAGGAGAAGGUGCUUAUGGUGUUGUUUGUUCAGCUAUUCAUAAACCAACAGGUACAAAAGUUGCAAUUAAAAAAAUUUUACCAUUUGAAAAACCAAUGUUUUGUUUACGUACCCUUAGAGAAUUAAAAUUAUUAAAACAUUUUAAUAAUCAUGAAAAUAUUAUAUCAAUCUUAGAUAUUCAAAAACCUUUAAAUUGGGAAACUUUCAAUGAAGUUUAUCUUAUCCAAGAAUUAAUGGAAACUGAUUUACAUCGUGUAAUAAAAUCACAAAAAUUAAGUGAUGAUCAUUGUCAAUAUUUCAUAUAUCAAACUCUUAGAGCUUUGAAAUCAAUGCAUAGUGCAAAUGUUUUACAUAGAGAUUUAAAACCUUCAAAUUUAUUAUUAAAUUCAAAUUGUGAUUUAAAAAUUUGUGAUUUUGGUUUAGCAAGAUCAAUAGCAUCAAGUGAAAAUAAUUUUGGAUUUAUGACUGAAUAUGUGGCAACAAGAUGGUAUAGAGCUCCAGAAAUCAUGUUAACAUUCCAAGAAUAUACUACUGCAAUUGAUGUUUGGUCUGUUGGUUGUAUUUUAGCUGAAAUGUUGAGUGGUAAACCUUUAUUCCCAGGUCGUGAUUAUCAUAAUCAAUUAUGGUUAAUAAUGGAAGUUUUGGGGACUCCAUUAAUGGAAGAUUAUUAUAAUAUUAAAUCUAAGAGAGCAAGAGAAUAUAUCAGAUCAUUACCAUUCCGUAAAAAAAUCCCAUUACAAAGUUUGUUCCCUCAAGGUACAAACCCCUUGGCUAUUGAUUUAUUAGAAAAAUUAUUAACUUUUAAUCCACAAAAAAGAAUAAGUGUUGUUGAUGCUUUGAAUCAUCCUUAUUUACAAUUAUAUCAUGAUCCAGAAGAUGAACCGGAUUGUAUACCUAUUGAUGAAAGUUUUUGGGAAUUUAAUGAAAAUAAUGAAGGUUUAAAUAUGGAAGAAUUGAAAAAAUUAUUAUAUGAAGAAGUUGUUAAACCUUUACAAUAG